CUCGCGCUAGACUGCAGAUAAUCUGCUCUAGGGGAGAGGGCUGCCUACAAACGCUGGAUCCGCGACAAUUCGGCUUGAAAACUUCAUUUGACUGAUUCCACUCUCGUUUACCUGUUCCUCUCCUCGGUUCGUGCAAGGGUUAACUUUAUUUUCUAGUUGUAAUACCAGCGAGUGGAAGCGAGCUGCAUUUAGCUGCAUUGUAUCUCUGCAUAGACCUGCCUCACUCUCCAUCCAGUCAAAAAGUGCGAUUUUUGUUUGAAGCAUUGUUUAGGUCGUUUAUUCGUAAUUGUUUGAACUUUAGCUGGUUAUCUAUCUAGUUAGUCUCUCAUAACUGCGGCAGUGGUUGAUUAGGUUAUUCUAUUGUAGUUUGUAUUUUGCCUUCAUGCUUUAUAGUGAUGCAGUUUUAGCAGGCUAAAGAAACAUGACGUUCCUUAGUUUAAAUCUUUGCUGGGACAUGCUCUUUUGAAGCGCAAUAUACCUCCAUUUGCAAUUGGCGAUUCUCCUUUACCCAAGUAUCCUCGUCAAACCAAGAUAACCCGUUUUGUGGACAGAAGCCUAAGUGCACAAUGAGGUCCCUCCACGACUUUUUGAAUUGCACUUAAAAAGAAGAGGGAGGGAGAGAGAGAGAGCGCGCGAGAGAGAGGCUGCGGGAAGCGACGCCUGCCAACCCUCAGGGGUUCCUACAUCAAACAGACUCUCGUGUCAUCUUAGCAUUUUAAACGGAGACAACUCUUGAUAGGUUGAUAGAAUAUAUAGAAAUAUAAGUAUUUAUCGCUAAACUAAAGCAAGAUGAAGAAGUUUCGAAAGGUACUAGAUGGCCUGUCCUCCUCCUCUCCGGGGGGUGUCGCGUCCCCGUUGUGCGGCAGUGCAGCUGGUACCCCGACCGCUCAUGCGCCCACUCCCCAGGAUAUCCAUGUCCAGGAGACGCUAGUCUCGGAAAACUUUCAGAUAUGCAAGACGGUGCGCCAUGGCUUCCCAUACCAGCCCACCUGCCUGGCCUUUGAUCCUGUCCAGAAGAUCCUGGCCAUCGGCUCCAGAACAGGAGGCAUACGGAUCCUGGGACGGCCUGGUGUGGAUUGCUAUAGCCAGCAUGAAAGUGGAGCCGCUGUCCUCCAGCUACAGUUCCUCAUAAACGAGGGGGCGCUGGUCACGGCGUGUGCAGACGACACGCUACACCUGUGGAACCUUCGCCAGAGACGCCCAGCCAUCCUGCACUCGCUUAAAUUCAACAGGGAGAGGAUCACGUUUUGCCACCUCCCCUUCCAGAGUAAAUGGCUGUACGUGGGCACAGAGCGUGGCAAUACACACAUCGUCAACAUCGAGUCCUUCGUUCUGUCCGGAUACGUCAUCAUGUGGAACAAGGCCAUAGAAUUAGCAACUAAAGCACAUCCAGGGCCCGUGGUCCAUCUGAGUGACAGCCCAAAGGAUGAAGGCAAGUUGCUGAUAGGGUUUGAGAGUGGAACAGUAGUCCAGUGGGACCUCCGAGCCAAGAAGGUUGACUUCAGAAUCUACUACGAUGAGGCUAUCCAUUCUGUGAGCUGGCAUCAUGAGGGGAAGCAGUUCAUGUGUAGCCACUCAGAUGGCAGCCUGACUAUGUGGAACCUGAGAAACACAGCCAGGCCCAUUCAGAUCACCUACCCUCAUGGGAAGAUACUGAAGGACGGGAGGAAAGAGUCUUGUAAGCCCAUCCUCAAGGUGGAAUACAAGACCUCCAGGAACAGCAGUGAGCCAUAUGUGAUCUUCUCUGGGGGUCUGUCUUAUGACAAGUCCGGUGGAAGGAGGCCCACCUUGACCAUCAUGCACGGCAAGGCCAUCACGGUGCUGGAGAUGGACCACCCUAUCGUAGAGUUCCUGGUACUCUGUGACACCCCAUACUCAAAUGAGGUCCAGGAUCCUUAUGCAGUGGUUGUGCUUUUAGAAAAGGACUUUAUCGUGGUGGAUCUGACACAGAGCAAUUUCCCCAUCUUUGAGAACCCCUACCCAAUGGACAUCCACGAGUCUCCUGUCACCUGUACGGCCUACUUCGCUGAAUGCCCUCCUGACAUCAUCCCCAUCCUCUACUCCAUAGGGGCCAAGCAGAAGAAGACUGGCUACAGCCACAAGGAGUGGCCAGUGAGUGGUGGCACAUGGACGUUAGGUUCACAGACCUACCCAGAGAUCAUCGUCACAGGUCACGCAGACGGAACCGUAAAGUUUUGGGACGCCUCUGCUAUUACCCUGCAGAUGCUGUACAAGCUGAAGACGUCCAAGGUGUUUGAGAAGCCCAAGGCGGGAGAGGGUCGGGCGGGCGAGCUGGCAGAGGAGGACCCCUACGCCGUUCAAAUGGUCAGCUGGUGCCCACAUAGCCGUCUCUUCUGUGUGGUGGGCAUUUCUGCUCACGUCAUCCUCUACCGGUUCAGCAAACACGACGCCAACACGCAGAUAGUGUCACUAGAGGUGCGUCUGCAGUUUGAUUCGGAGGACGUUAUUUCCCCGUCAGAGACAGAGAACAACCCGUGUUUCUCAGACCCCAGCUCCCACUCCCCCCAGCCGCCCGGUAGCCCUGGCAGUGGCACACAAGACAGCCUCCCCUGCCUCAAGGUGAAGAAUCGUCCGGUGCGGAUGCCCCCGGGGUACCAGGCUGAGUUGGUGGUGCAGCUGCAGUGGGUGGAUGGAGAGCCCCCCCAGCAAAUCACCAGCCUGGACAUCAACUCUGCCUACGGCCUCCUAGCGUUUGGGAACUGUAAUGGUCUAACGGUGGUGGACUACCUUCAAAAGACUAUUCUGAUGUGUAUGGGCACACUGGACCUGUACGGAGCCGCAGACCCCUACCAACGACUCACACGCUCCCCACGCAAGAACAGACAGUCCACCUCAGACUUUUGCAUGCGUGGCCUGUCUCACUUUUAUUCAGAUUCAAAGAAAAGGAUCCGUACGUCCUAUCAGAGCCUUACAGAACUCUCCGAUAACCAGGUGUCCAUGGACAUGGAGAGAAGCAAGUCACCCACCUCAGUUCCCUACCCAAGCUCCCUUCACUAUGACCCUCGCUCCAUGCCUGAGCCUGUGGCCAGUCUGAGGGCCAGCCACUGCAGUCCAGUCUUUUACUUACUGGACAAUGUAAAGGGACCCGGCAGAAAGUUAAGUCUGCCAACAGAUCUUAAGACUGAUCUUGAUCAUGUCAAUGGACAUUGCACUAGUCCCACCUCCCAGCCCUGCUCCGUGGGGAAGCCUCGCAUCCCAGGGGUUCCUGAGGGCCCGCGGCUCACCCGGAGAGGGCCUGGCCGACCGCCCUUCCGCAAGGCCCAGUCCGCCGCUUGCAUGGAGAUCUCUUUGCCUGUUUCCUCCCACACAGAAGGUGGUUAUGCGUCCAGGAGGGCAAUGCUUCAGCAGUUACAUGGAGUCAGUAUGUACUCCCACGACGAGCACCACACCACCUCCUACAACUGGAGUGAGAGAGAAAGCAGAGAGAACUCGUUCAGUCGCUCGCGGAGCUCCAGUGUGUCCAGCAUCGAUCGCGACACCAAGGAGUCAGUGACCACGCUGCAGUUCGGAGAGUCCUACGGCCGUAAGGGCGACGCCCUGCCUACCGCCUGCCUGUGGGUGGGCACCAGCCUGGGCGUGGUCCUGCUCCUGCCCAUGUCCAUCCCCACAGAGGAGGAGGAGAGGCUGGAGGACACCAUCACCAUGGGGCCCAGUGGUACAGUCCUGAUGCUAAAAGGCUCCGUGCUGCGAUUUGCCUUCCUGGACUGUGGGGGCACGCUCAUCCAGAGUCCCUACGAGGUGUGGCGGGACCCCAACGGUCCUGAGGACCCCGACCGGCCCCGCAGGCGCAAGCUGGUCAACUUCUCCCCGUCAUCAUCCCAGGAGGCGUGCGGUGACGGUCACCUGGCCGUUGUGUGCUCUGAGAAGCAGGCCAAGGUCAUCCUCAUGCCCACCCAGGCUGUCCUGUUCACCCACAACAUCACUGAGUCCUCCUUCGUCCUUCGGGCUGACGUCGUCUCCGUCUGCAACAGCGUCUGCCUGGCCUGCUUCUGCGCCAAUGGACACAUCAUGACCCUAAGUUUGCCCAGUCUAAGACCCCUGAUGGAUAUCAACUACCUUCCCCUGACCGACUUGCGUAUCGCCCGGACCUUUGUCUUCACUAACGGAGGCCAGGCCCUGUAUCUGAGCUCGCCUACAGAGAUACAGCGCCUCACAUACAGCCAGGAGAUGACGGACAACCUACAGGACAUGCUGGGGGAGCUGUUCACUCCUAUAGAAACACCAGAGGCCCAGAACAAAGGAUUCCUCAAGGGCUUCUUCGGGGGCAAUGCCCAGACCUUCGACAGAGAGGAGCUGUUUGGGGAGGCAGCAGCGGGUAAGGCCUCUCGGAGUUUGGCCCAGCACAUCCCUGGUCCAAUGGGAUUGGAGAACAUGAAGGCUGCAGCCGGCGGUGUCGUGGGGGACCUGGCCCGAGCCCGCAUUGCCCUGGACCAGAGAGGAGAGAGGCUGGGCGAGUUGGAGGAACGCACCGCCCUCAUGAUGAACAGCGCCGAGACCUUCUCUACACACGCCCACCAGGUGAUGCUGAAACACAAGGACAAGAAAUGGUAUCAGCUUUAAAGGGAGGACAGCGGGCUGCAACUGCCCCUCUACCUGGUGGGGGGGCACUAUGCUGGGACAUGGACCUUUACUCGACGGACAUGAGAGCGAGAGAGAUAAAGAGAGACACAAGAGUGACUUUGUGUUAAUGGGCCUCUGUAGGCCGUCUGUACAUCAUUGUCACAAAACUUGGACAGAGGGCAGUCACUUAUCUAGACUAUAGUGAGAUGGACACAGACCAGGAAGUACGUUGGUAAGACAGGGGAACCCAAAGUGGAUGAUGACAGUCCAUCAGUAUGUGUGGGUGGGUUACCCAGAUCUUGCUGUGUAGAUACUCUAAAGUUAAUAAUCCAACAAGACUGCAUGAAACUAAAUGGAUGAAUACUAAAAAAGUAAAACUGCCAUAUUAAAAAGCAGCAUGCUACUUUAACAGAGGGAAAUAAAACAAAGUAAAACUUUUAUUUAAUAAUAUAAGCCAACAACAGAAAGUAUGAAAAAAACUUUAUAUUUUUUGAAAUAUGGAUGAAAAAAUAUAUAAAAACGAAAAUGUAUACCUGCAUAGCUAUAAAGCCACAUUUUUCUUUUAGCUUUUUUUAUUACUUUCAUUUGGUUUUGAACACAUUCUGAACACACACAUCAUUUCAGUUUCAACACUUCCUUUACACAAUACUACUACUGAUGAUACUAUUCAUAUUCCCACCAUUAGACACUGAGCUCAAACUAUAUCGUUAUCCAAGAUCUCUGUGGUGUGCACACAGUGCAAAAACACAAUCUAUUCUUUCAACACAUAUCACCACACAUUCUGAACAACUGAAUUGUCGAUUUUACUGGCACUAAUUUCAUUCUGUUGGCUGCUGCUACUGACUAUACCUGUUAUCAGGAAAAAAAAGGUACAUUUCACCCCCCUGACAGAAAUGUAUGAACACAGAGAAUAUAUUGAUUAAUAAUGUGUGAACGGUUAUGGAAAUGAGAUGUGUUGGCUGAGGUGGCACGGUGAUAGUAGUCUGUGAGGUCUGGAUUGAGUGUGUUUAUAUUUCUAAUCUAAACAUAUAUAACAUAAUGUAAUAAUUCACGUGCCAUAAAGCAAGAUGGGUGAAGCCCCUUACUGUAAACUAGCAAAGAGCUAAUACUAUGUGGUAGUAAUGAUGUGUUUGCUGUAGAUGAGAGUAGGCUAGGUGAGCCCAACUUUUCAGUAUGGCCGUUGAUAGGCGUCUGUCGUUGUAACUGAGUUUCUGGUUCUUUUGACAGAAUUGUGACAUUCUCUUUUUUCUGUUUUGUUUUUUGUUGUUGUUUAUUGCUUCUUCAUUGGAAUCUUCUGCUGCCUUUCUCAUAUUAGGUAUGAGUUUGUUGAGCCAGUGUGUGUCUCAUGCAAGGCCAUGUAAAGACAAAACUCUUACUCUUUCUUCUGCCAAAGCAAUUCAACAUGAAUGAAGACGUCAGUUGGAGGAGUGUGUCAUUAUAUGUUAUUGUGGGUGGUGGGUCCAGUGUUUACAUUUUGGUAUCCAGAAUGGUCCUCUUUUACACGUUGAUGUUGAACUAUGCUUCAGAAGUCUCCAGGUGUCAUGUUGAACAGGAGUAGGCCUAGCUAAAAUACUGAGGUAGAGUCGGAUCCAUUUAAAUACUACUACCAAUCCGGAUAAAAUAUAUCCUGCGGUCGGUCCGUGUUGUUGAUCUAUAAGGAGAAAUGGAAUAGGAGCCAGACUAAUAAUAACCUACCAUCAUGAGCCUUGCCGUUGUCAGGUGUCGUUGGCACAUACAGUAUACGGAUCUUCUAUGUUACACAUACCGGUACAUGUAAGGAAUCCAGACUGAUAUGAUUUUGAAGCAAAGGUGUUUAUAUUCUUCGUUUUACUCGUAAUUGCUCUUGAUGACCUUAAUGUAAACCCCCUUAUCCUCACCCCCUAGUGGAUGGUGGUAGCCUCUUCUCUCCUAAAUUAUCAUCUAUGUACAAAGAUUGAUCUAUGAUACAUGUUAUUGUAUAUGUUGUACAAGUCAAUAAGUGUACACGUAACACUGACAAAUCCUCUCGUAACUGAUAAAAUGUGACAUGAAAAUACCAUUAUUUAUUUUUCUGUUUUCAAAGGUUAUGUUUGUAUUUUCAAAUAAUAUACGAAAGUCUUAAUGAUUGUUAUGACCACAACAGUCACUCACUCUCCCUCACCGACGCUCACAUAUCCACCCUGCCUUGAACCACAGAAGGGUGGUUACCAUGACCAUACAGGCACCAUUCUCCCACACAACAUAUGUUACACAACACAAUCUAGCUGAGACACACACACAGGUAAAAACCUGCAUUAUCACUAUUCAUUUCACUCUGCUCCUUCUCAGGCUAAUGAGACAUUCCUAAAGGACAGACAGUCUACUGUACUGGGAGCCAGUCAGUCCCAGAACCUAGACAGAGUUAGAUUCUAUUGCCUGGCUGCUACAGUACUUGGUUGCUUUCCAGGCUAAUAUGAAGGUCAUUGUCCAUAACUGAUUGUGGUGGUCUAAUGAAGAGGGAACUGAUCUAUUUCUCUAUGUGUACUUUACUGUCCCUGAGGUUUGUGUUGAGUUAGUACCAGUGCAGUUAACUUCAAUGGCUGAGAAAAAGAAAAACGUGACUUCUACUGACAUAAAGGGUGUUUUGUUUGUAUGUUUUUUGUUUUUAUAUCAACUGUACAACAACGCUGGCUGGGAGUAAAGAAAAACACAAAAACAUAGAAAAAAAUGAUAUUCUUAGGAUAUUCUUUCUCUGUAGACGUCAUACCUGUUAAAUGAAUCAUGGUACUGUACCUGAUUAUUCUGGCUGUGUCUAAAGUCACUAGAACUCUUGUCCACACUGUUGUUUCCUGGCCAAGCCAACUGUUUCUCUGGUUGUUUUCUCAACGAUGGCAGCAAAGUUUGUCUUGUUUAAAUGGAUUCUACCACCUUUUGUUCUUAUUGAUAUUAUAGUAGUGUAAUAGAGAUUACUGAAAAAUGAACUGAAAAUAUGUUGAUGCAAAUCAAAAAUUCAAAUAAACAUUGAUUGAUGUACA